CCCCAUAGCACUACCGGCCCUGCACCCAGCCCAGUGCCCGGGGAGAGGAGAUGGGCGCAGGACGGGGCGUCCCCAUGGCCCAGCUGGCCCUGCUCACCCUGCUGGCCCUGCCGGGUGCCGGGGCAGUGACAGUGGAGAACAUACUGUCCCAGGCGGAGUUCUACCAGCGCACGGACCAGUCCCAGCAGGGGUCUGGGGAGUUCAUGUUCGAGUUCGACCAGGAUGAGAUCUUCCACGUGGACCUGGAGAGGAAGGAGACCGUCUGGCGCCUGCCCGACUUCGGCAAGUUCGCCAGCUUCGAGGCGCAGGGCGCCCUGGGUAACAUCGCCGUGGACAAGCAGAACCUGGACAUCCUGUUCCAGAGGUCCAACCACACGUGGGCUGAGAAUGUGCCCCCUGAGGUGACCGUGUUCCCUGAAGACCCCGUGGAGCUGGGAGAGCCCAACGUCCUGAUCUGCUUCGUGGACAAGUUCUUCCCACCGGCGCUCAGCGUGACGUGGCUGAAGAACGGGCAGGAGGUGACUGGGGGCGUCUACGAGACCGACUUCUACCCCCGCCAGGACAACUCUUUCCGCAAGUUCUCCUACCUGCCCUUCCUCCCCAGCCAGGGCGACUUCUAUGACUGCCGGGUGGAGCACGGGGGGCUGCCCAAGCCCUUCACAAAGCACUGGGAAGCCCAGGUGCCCACCCCUGUCCCCGAGACCACAGAGACCCUGGUGUGCGCCCUGGGCCUGGCUGUGGGCAUCGUCGGCAUCAUCGCGGGCACCAUCCUCAUCAUCAAGGGGAUGAAGAUGAACGCUGCCCGCAACCCGCGGGGCCCCUUGUAAACGCGUGGAGGAGCUGGGGCCCCUGAAUCCCCCAGGUGCCUUCGUGGGACCCACUCGCAUGCCCGCUGUGCGCUGCCCCCAGCGUCCCUGCUCCGUGCCCAUUGGUACCAGCUGCUGUACCCAGACCACUGGCCCCGUAAUUGUGCUGAGCCAACCCACUAGAGACUCAUCAGGGAGCCGGCCCCUUGGGCUCCCCACUUCUCCGCACUCCUGUGCUGGGCUUGGGGGGGGCCUAGCCAGGGAGAGGGCUGCUGCCCAUGGGGCUGGGAAUGGGGGUCACCCCUCAUCAGGGGGCAGCAGGGGAGAGGGCUGCUGCACCGUGGGGAUGGGGAUGGGGGUCACCCCUCGUCAGGGGGCAGUAGGGCCCACAGGACUGAUCCAAACCCCAUUGCCGUCACGGGGAAGGUUUCUCUUGACUGCAGUGGGUGCAGGAUUGGGCCCCAAGCCUGGCCCCUAUUGGCCAGAGGCUGCUGUCAGUCACCCCAGGUAAAGCCCCUUCAGCCACACAGGAGGCUUUGGGCCAGAUUAGGCCAUUCCCAGUCAAUGGGGUCCCGGUGGGGCAGGAUCAGGCCCAUGGCUGUUGGGGAGCAGCCCCAGCGCCCGGCUAAAGGCCCCAUCGCACCCGUGUGUGGCUCCUGCAGGGUCCAGCCCUGUUGAGCCCAGCGCGGGGUCUGUGUGCAAAGGGCCCAGUCCCUGUACAGCCCCCGCCCUGUGCCCCGGGUGUGUCCACAGCCCUGCGCCCCCCCAUCUCACUCUGCAGCUUUGCUAACAGCAAUAAAGUGGGUUUUUGGGACGUU